AUGCACCCCCUCCAGUGGGUAAAGGCGACGAUUGCACCCUUAUUGCUCAGCUCGUGGGCUUCUUACACUGAUAAUCAUCCGGCCCAGUCAAUAGCCCAUGAUAUCUACACCAGUAUGGGGGUGGAUGAGGUGCUCCAUGACCGGAUACUCGACAAGGCGCCGUGGUGGUGUGAGGAGGACUCAUUCGCCGAGCAGGUGAAACAGCGACUGGCCAAAAUGACAGAAGACGACCUGUUGCCGUGGUUUUCCAUGGAGUACGAGGAAGAUCAUGUCAUUGAUCUUGGAAUCGGCAUUGUUCGGCACAUUUUCUACAAGGAACACAUUGACAUUGCUCUACAGGCCUCCUUUUCCAAGCUGAUACACGUCGCCAAGGAGCGCGGUAGCACACGCGAGCUGCUGACGGUCAUUCACAUGGUCAUCGACCAGGGCUCCAAGACCAUUGCGCAGGACGAGAAUGUCAAAAUGGCCAACUACAUAUUCCGAAUUCUGUGCUUGCCAAAUGCGUAA